AUGCCUCCUCCCUCAGCUCUGAUGAUCCCCGCUGUGAAGAAGCAUACUGCAACUGUCAUUAUGGCUCAUGGUCUUGGUGACAGUGGAGCAGGAUGGGUCUCACUGGCAGAGAACUGGCGUAGGAGAUCAAAGUUUGACGAGGUCAAAUUCAUAUUCCCCAAUGCCCCUACAAUUCCUAUCACUGUGAAUAUGGGAAUGCGAAUGCCUGGCUGGUAUGAUAUUGUAAGAACUCGACCUGCUGCUCUCGAUUUUGCAGAUCUUCAAGCUGGUCAAGACGAAGUCGGUAUCCUCAGAUCUCGAGACUAUUUCCAAAGUCUGAUCAAGACCGAAAUCGACGCUGGUAUUCCUUCCGAUCGUAUCGUUAUUGGUGGAUUCUCCCAAGGCGGAGCUAUGUCAAUCUUCUCUGGAAUCACAUCACAAACGAAACUUGGUGGUAUCUUUGGAUUAAGUUGUUAUCUGUUAUUGCAUAGCAAGUUCAAGGAGCUCGUGCCUGCGGAUGGCCCAAACAGGGAGACUCCCAUAUUCAUGGGACAUGGAGACAGUGAUCCUCUGGUUAGGCCGCAAUUUGGACAAAUGACUGCUCACUUUCUCAAGCAGGAGGGCUUCAAGGUGGAUUUGAAGAUGUACAGAGGAUUGGAGCACUCCGCGACACCCGAGGAAAUCGACGAUGUUGAGAGGUAUCUGAACGAGAGA